AUGACACCUGGAGAACUAGCCCUCACCAGCGGCAACUACACCCCAGUUGCCAAGUUCAUCUUGCUGGGAUUCUCCAAUUAUCCAGACCUCCAGGGGUUUCUCUUCGGAGCCUUCCUGCUUAUCUACGCUGUGACAGUGGUGGGCAACCUGGGGAUGAUAGCACUCAUCUUCACAGACGCCCGUCUCCAUAGCCCCAUGUAUUUCUUCCUCAGCGUCCUCUCCUUCCUUGACAUUUGUUACUCUUCUGUGGUCACACCCAAGCUCUUGGUCAACUUUUUAGUCUCUGACAAGUCCAUCUCUUUCAAGGGCUGUGUGGUCCAGCUGGCCUUCUUUGUAGUACAUGUGACCUCUGAGAGCUUCCUGCUGGCCUCCAUGGCCUAUGACCGUUUCAUGGCCAUCUGCCAACCCCUCCAUUACAGUUCUAUCAUGACCAAGGGAACCUGCAUCCAGCUAGUGGCUAUUUCCUAUGCCUUUGGUGGAGCCAACUCUGCUAUCCAGACGGGGAAUGUCUUUGCCCUGCCUUUCUGUGGGCCCAACAAAGUCAAUCACUACUUCUGUGAUGUGCCACCCCUCCUGCUGCUGGCCUGUGCCAACACAGCCACAGCAGGCAUGGUCCUGUAUGUCUUCUCUGCUCUGGCCACCCUCCUGCCUGCUUCAGUCAUCCUCACCUCCUACAGUUUGGUGUUGGUGGCGAUUGGGAGGAUGCGCUCAGCAGCGGGGCGGGAGAAGGCCCUCUCCACAUGUGCCUCCCACUUCCUGGCCAUAGCUAUUUUCUACGGCACACUGGUUUUCACCUACGUCCAGCCCCAUGGAGCCACUUACGACACCAAUGGCCAAGUGGUGUCCGUCUUCUACACCAUCAUAAUUCCCAUGCUCAACCCCUUCAUCUACAGCCUCCGCAACAAGGAGGUGAAGGACGCUCUGCAGAGGAAGCUCCAGAGCGUUUCUCAUUUGUUGCAAGGAGAAAGACACAGCAUCUUCCAAACCACAUCAUGA